CGUGAGUCCAUCACUCAAGCUGUGCUCAUGCAUGCAUGCAUGCAUGCAUGAUUGAUUGAUAAACCAAAUAAUACAAGUUAGUCAAACAAAAACCCACCAAACCAUAUAUGAUUACAACUUGCUUGGAAAAAUCAAAUUCCAUGUAAUUUUUCCCUCAUUUUAAGCACAAGACUACAUGGUUUGAGAAAUUAAGCCAUAAGCCAUAUAUUCAAGAAGAAUUAGGGCAAGUGUCCCAGGAGAGAGAAAAGGUGGUGGAACAUAAACACAAAGAAGAAGAAGAUCAAGCAUGGCUUUCAUGCGGAGCGUAGUUCUUCCGCAACAAGAGAUGAGCGUCGACGAGUUCAAGAAGUGGCUCAAGCAGUUCGACGGAAACCAUGACGGAAGGAUUAGCCGGGAAGAGCUUAAGCGGGCAUUGGAGAGCUUGCAUGCAUGGUUUUCAUGGUGGAAAGCAAGGCAAGCACUCAAGAGCUCUGAUGUUAAUAGAAAUGGUGUGAUUGAUAAGGAGGAGAUUGGCAAGUUGGUUCUCUAUGCAGUGCAACACCUUAACAUGAAGAUAUAUGAUUAAUCUUACUAUUAAAUAUAUAUAUAUAUAUUAUUUCAUGCAUAUUUGCAUUUCUUUCUACUCUUUUUUGUUUAUUAUAUAUGCA